UAAUUUCGCAUAUCAAUAACACACAAGGUUCAAUCAAACAGAGAUCAUGGCGUCACAUCAAUAUCACCAAAUUGCAAAUUUGCUGGAAAAAAUGACAUCCACCGAUAAAGACUUUCGAUUCAUGGCAACCAACGAUCUAAUGACUGAAUUGCAAAAGGACAGCAUUAUACUAGACGAUGAGUCUGAGAAGAAGGUGGUACGCAUGGUGCUGAAAUUACUAGAAGACAAGAACGGCGAGGUGCAAAAUUUGGCGGUCAAGUGUCUGGGACCGCUGGUGAAUAAAGUGAAAGAAAAUCAAGUGGAAACCAUUGUGGACUCUUUGUGCGGCAACAUGAUGUCCAAUGUAGAGCAGUUGCGUGACAUUUCCAGCAUUGGUCUGAAAACUGUUAUAGCUGAAUUGCCGCAGUCCUCAAACUCCUUGGCGCCGAAUGUGUGCCAGCGCAUUACGGGCAAACUAAGCAUUGCCAUUGAAAAGGAGGACGUUUCAGUUAAGCUGGAGUCACUUGAUAUAUUGUCGGAUUUGCUUUCACGCUUUGGCGAGUUCCUGGUGCCGUUUCACAGCACAAUAUUAAAGGCACUAAUGCCGCAGUUAGCCUCACCGCGACAGGCUGUUAGAAAGCGUACAAUUGUUGCGCUAUCUGUGCUUCUAAUACAGGCUAAUAGCAAUGCCUACAACGGCGUGGUGGAUCAUCUGCUUGAGGGUCUCGAAAAUCCCCAAAAUCCUGGUGCUGUGCGUACCUACAUACAGUGUCUGGCUUCCAUUUGUCGCCAGGCUGGACACCGUCUGUGUAAUCAUAUUGAUCGCUCCAUGCAGCUGCUUAAGCAGUAUAGCCAACGGGAUGAUGACGAACUGCGUGAAUUCUGUCUGCAGGCCUGUGAGGCAUUUGUGCUGCGCUGUCCAGACGCCAUACAUCCACACAUUCCUAUGAUACUCGAUCUUUGUCUCAAAUAUGUUACCUACGAUCCCAACUAUAACUAUGAGGCCGAUGAUGGAGACACUGGCGUUGCCAUGGAUACCGAAGAGGACGAGUAUGUGGAUAGCGAGGAGUAUAGUGAUGAUGAUGAUAUGAGCUGGAAAGUGCGUCGCGCUGCAGCCAAAUGCUUGGAGGUUUUGAUUGCCACGCGUCAUGAGCUUAUCGAGGAAUUCUAUCGCAAUUUGAGUCCAGCUUUAAUAGCACGCUUCAAGGAACGCGAGGAGAAUGUCAAAUCAGAUAUAUUUCACGCUUAUGUCGCGCUGUUGAAAAAUACGCGUCCAGCUGAUGACAUUGCACAUGAUCCCGACUCCAUGGAGCAGGUAUCAGGACCUACAUCGCUUUUAACCGAACAACUGCCGUUGAUAAUCAAAGCCAUACAGCCGCUUAUGCGCGAAAAGUCCAUGAAAACACGUCAGGAUUGCUUCCUAUUGCUGCGUGAGCUGUUAAACUCCUUGCCAGGAGCGCUGGGUCCACAUUUGGAUAGCAUUGUGCCAGGCAUAAGUUACUCGCUGAACGAUAAGAGUUCCACAAGUAAUAUGAAAAUUGAGUCACUCGGUUUUCUGUGCUCGUUGUUGCAAGGACAUCAGCCGAAUGUGUUUCAUCCACACAUACCCAUGCUGGUGCCGCUGGUGGUCAGCUCUGUCUUUGAUCCAUUCUACAAAAUUGCCACCGAGGCGCUGCUGGUGUUGCAACAGCUGGUCAAGGUGCUGCGUCCACUUGGUGCAAAUGCUGUCAAGUCGGACUUUGAUGUAACACCAUUUGUGGGACAGGUCUAUGCCUGCACGCUGCAAAAACUCAAGGUAACGGAUGUGGAUCAGGAGGUUAAGGAACGCGCCAUUGCCUGCAUGGGACAGAUUAUAGCCAACAUGGGUGAUUUACUUACGAGCGAGCUAAGCGUCUGCUUGCCCAUCUUCUUGGAGCGUCUGAAGAAUGAAGUAACGCGUUUAAGCAGCGUCAAGGCGUUGACCAUGAUUGCAGCCUCACCACUGCGCAUUGAUUUGUCGCCCAUAUUGCAUGAAGUGUUGCCCACUCUGGGCAGUUUUUUGCGCAAAAAUCAUCGCGCUUUGAAGCUGCAUUCGCUGGACCUCAUCAACAAGAUUGUCAUCAACUAUGCGGCCAACUUUGAGCCAAGUGUGCUGCAGGCAGCCAUUGUAGAAAUACCCGCUCUGAUCUCUGACUCGGAUUUGCAUGUGGCUCAAUACUCGCUGACGCUGCUCAGCACCACGGCGCAUCGUCAGCCGCAGGCUCUGGUGGGCAUACAUGAGAAGUUUUUGCCCUCGGUGUUGUUGCUAGUGCGCUCGCCUCUGCUGCAGGGCACUGCCUUGCAGUGUACGCUGGAGCUGUUCCAAGCUUUGGUGCAGGCACAGCUGCCUGGAUUAGACUAUCAAUCGCUUGUGUCCAAGCUUAUGGAACCUGUGCUUGUCAGUGGUGAUGCUGCCAUACGCCAUUCCCACGAUAAUCUGCAGUUGCAUAAGCAGGCUUAUCACUCCUCAGCCAAGUGCAUUGCCGCCUUGACCAAACAGUGUCCGCAAGUGGCAACGCCUUUGGCCACACAGCUGAUGUCAGAGCUGCAAAAGCGCAGCAACAAGGAUACACAGAUCAUCUUUUGUCUGCUAACCAUAGGUGAAAUAGGCCGACACUUUGAUCUGAGCUCCAUACAAGUGUUGCCGCAGACUAUAAUUGAAUGCUUUGGUGCGACCUCGGAGGAUGUUAAAGCAGCUGCCUCGCAUGCUUUAGGCGCUGUGGCUGUAGGCAGCCUGCCCACUUACUUGCCGCUCAUCUUGAAGGAAAUUGAAGUGCAGCCCAAGCGUCAAUAUUUGCUGCUGCAUUCGCUUAAGGAAGUAAUCUCCUCGCUGUCUGUCACACCCAAUGGCUUGGCGCAGCUAUUGCCCUCGGUGCCGUCCAUAUGGACACAGCUCUUCAAGCACUGCGAGUGCUCCGAGGAAGGCUCACGCAAUGUUGUGGCCGAAUGCUUUGGCAAACUGGUGCUGGUUAAUCCAGAGGAGCUGCUGCCACAAUUGCAGCAAGCUUUACGUUCAGAGAGCGCCACCAUGCGCACGGUUGUUGUCUCUUCCAUUAAGUUUACAAUCUCUGAUCAGCCGCAGCCCAUUGAUUUGUUGCUCAAGCAAAGUAUUGGCGAGUUUCUCUAUGCGCUGCGUGAUCCCGAGCCACAAGUGCGUCGUGUAGCCUUGGUGGCCUUCAAUUCGGCGGUGCACAACAAGCCCAGUUUAGUGCGUGACCUGCUGCCCACUCUGCUGCCUUGGCUUUAUUCCGAGACAAAGGUGAAGAGCGAGCUAAUACGCGAGGUCGAAAUGGGUCCCUUCAAGCACACAGUGGACGAUGGCUUGGAUAUAAGAAAAGCAGCCUUCGAGUGUAUGUACACACUGCUGGAGCAGGGCUUGGAGCGUGUGGAUGUUAUGCAGUUUAUGGAUCAUGUACAGGCUGGCCUAUGUGAUCACUACGAUAUCAAAAUGCUCACAUAUUUAAUGACAGCAAGACUGGCUGUGCUAUGCCCCGAUAAGGUGUUGCUAAGACUGGAUCAAUUUGUGCAGCAACUGCGCGACACUUGCACACACAAGGUCAAAGCUAACUCUGUGAAGCAAGAGUAUGAGAAACAGGAUGAGCUCAAGCGCUCAGCACUGCGCGCUGUUUCCGCGCUCUCUCAAAUACCCAAAGCAAAUAAAAAUCAGCAGUUACUAGACUUUUUAAAGUCCAUUAAGGAGACGCCAGAUCUAUGCAAGAUUUAUGAUUAUGUGCAGAAGGAUUCCGUUAGCGGCAACUCAGAUAUUAUUGCCAUGGAUCAGACAUAGACACCUGGGUGUGCAUGCAUUCGACUGCAUCUUCAUAUUAAUCAUAAUUAUUAUAUUAAGCAAGUGUGAACACAAAAAACUAAAAAAAAUAAUAAUUUGUAUCUGACAACUGAUACAGCCAUUAGUUUAUUAACUAUGCAAUAAACAUCAGUUUUCAAAUUACUUGAGCGCUAAGCAUUUAAAAAAUAAACAUAAACAGAACCUCAAAUUGUCUAUGCGCUGUCUACGCUCUCGCAUUUAGCACUUAAUAGAGCAACAAGUGAAAGUAAUAAAAGUUUUUU